CAUAAAUAUCAAAUACUACAUGUAUUCUACUAUAUUUGAGUAUUUGCCCAUAAAUAAAUAAGUAAUCAGAAUAAAUUGCUAUCUCUGUACCCGACCCAUGUACGUCUAGCUUUUCCCCUCUCUGGUUUUCUUUCUCUCUCUCUCUCGUCCCCUGUGCUUCUGUCAUCCUUCCCUCUCCUUGCUCGCACAGUCGCACCGCUGUGCCAACUAAGAAGCGAACAUGAGCUACGGCGGCGGCCUGGGCGCAGGCUUCUCGUACCAGAAGUUCGUCCACUUCGCGCUGGAGCAGACCCGCCUUCGCACCGCUCUCACCCCUCACCCCUCCCAGGAGAAGUUCAAGUUCAUAAAAGCCAACGAAGAUAAUACUGUUUUCAAUGCUCUCUCAUUCAGCGCCCCCAAAAUUAGACUGCUUAGAAGCUUGACAAUUGAGCAGAAAAACUCGGUUCAGGUUCUUGACUUUGCUGCCUUCUUUGAACCUGAAUACGAUCUUCCUAUAUUUUGUGCCAACGCUUUUACAUCUCCUGCACGAAGUAUUGUUGUCUUGGACCUCAAUCCUUUGUAUGAUACCACUGCACACAAGGAUUACAGGGAAAAAUACUACAGGAAUUUUAUGCCUCUUAUACACAAGUACAGUGAGCUUCUGCCCUGGGGCGGCAAGAUUACAAGCGAGUCUCUGAGAUUCUUCUCUCCUAUUGUUAUCUGGACAAUAUUGGAGCCAACUGAGACCAACAACCAUGUUCUAUACUCGGCUUUCAUGGAUUAUUAUAAGGCCUGGCUUGAGUUAAUGAAUGGCGCAGUUCAAGAAAUUAGCAAAGACAAAAUUGAUCGUAAUAAAGAAGCACAACAUAAAUAUCUCACAUGGAGAGCUGAGAAGGAUCCUGGUUAUCCGCUCUUAAAGAAGUUGAUCGGUGAAAAUUUUGCCAAGGAUUUAGUGACUGAGUUUCUGUUUGAAGGAGUCAAUACUCUUGGAACUAAAUCAUUUUUGGACUAUUUCCCCGAAUAUGCAAGUGAUGAUGGGGCGAUAAUCAAGAAGAGGAGUAUGAUUGGGAAGUCUUUCGAAACUAGGCCCUGGAAUGCUCAUGGAGAAUUCGUUGGUGAUGGCGAUGAAUGAUAGCAUUUGUUCUGUUUCAUCUGUGUCAGCAUUUCGUUUACGUCUUAGAUCCGUUGCUGAUGCCUGACAGUAGUUUUUGUUUUAUCAAAAAUACUAUGCUGCUACCGAUUUCCUUUC